AUGGUCGGUGUCAUCAGUGCUACUAGCGGUGAUUUUGGCCCUUUUCGCUCUGUUGAAGAGUCUACAAUAUCCCAUCUCACGACGCCAGCUACGCGAACUGAUGUGCUGUCCUGGUAUGUUACGACUUCAACGCUGGGUUCUGCCUUGGGGAACGAAGCUGCCGGUCAUAUAGCCAGCUUUUUGAAAAGACUUCAAGGCUCAAAGCAGGAUAUUACGGAUGUGUAUCAUGCUCUGUUUUGGAUAUAUGUUGCAAUGGGUGUACUCUCCAUGAUAUUUGCAUGUCUGAUGAGCAGGAAGCUAUGGUUCAAAAGCAAGAUUGCGGAGAUAUCACAGGAGUCUCUCUCUGUGGUCAUCAAACUCUGGAUACUUCUCACAAUUGACUCGCUGGCUGACGGAAUGGUGUCCUACGCACUCACAAACUACUAUCUCGUGCGUAAAUUCGGUCUCGCUGAGUCGUAUCUAGGAGACAUUAUGUCAAUCUGUUUCCUGCUCAUGGCCAUAUCUACCGCCUUUGCUGGACCUCUUGCGCGACGUCUAGGGCUUAUCAAUACCAUGGUAUUCACUCAUCUUCCGUCUUCUCUCGCCGUUCUGCUGCUACCGGUACCCCAGAACGUGGGCCUGACCAUUGCUCUACUAUUCAUACGCACUGGGCUGAAUAGUAUGGACCAGGGACCAAGAGCCGCGUUCAUUGCGGCCGUGGUAAAGCCAGGAGAACGCACAGCGGUCAUGGGUAUCACGGCUAUGCUCAGGACGUUGGGAUCUACUAUAGGACCUAGUCUUACUGGCUUUCUUGCUGACACGGACAAGUUCUGGAUAGCAUUUGUUGUUGCCGGGGCCUUACGCGUUGCCUACGAUUUGGGGCUCUUCUACUUAUUUGUUGACCUGAAAAUCAAUGCUCCUGAGCAGGCAAAGGACCCAGCGACAAAUGAUCAAAUAUGA